AUGGGGCUGGAGGCGGCGAGCGAGCUGGAGUGCGCGGCGCUGUGCGCGCUGCUGCGGGACCCGCGGGAGGCCGAGCGGACGCUGCUGCUCGACUGCCGCCCCUUCCUGGCCUUCUGCCGGCGCCACGUGCGCUCGGCGCGGCCGGUGCCCUGGAACGCGCUGCUGCGGCGCCGCGCCCGGGGCCCGCCCGCCGCCGCCCUGGCCUGCCUGCUGCCCGACCGCGCGCUGCGAGCGCGCCUGGCCCGCGGAGAGCUGGCGCGGGCAGUGGUGCUGGACGAGGGCAGCGCCUCGGUGGCCGCACUGGCGCCCGACGGUCCCGCCCGUGUGCUGCUUUCCGCGCUUUUGCACGAGACCCGCGCGGCGCGCACCGCCGUGUGCUUCCUGCGAGGAGGCUUCGAAGCCUUCCAGGCCUGCUCGCCCGAAUUGUGCUCCGAGGCCCCCGCCCCGGCGAUGCCACCUGGAGGGAUGGAAGAUAGCCCCGCGGAACCCAGAGCGCCCCUCUAUGACCAGGGGGGGCCCGUGGAGAUCUUGCCCUACUUGUACCUGGGCAGCUGCAGCCACGCUUCAGAUCUGAAAGGGCUGCAGGCUUGCGGCAUCACUGCGGUGCUCAACGUCUCCAGCUGCCCCAACCCCUUCGAGGGCCUUUUCCACUACAAGCGCAUCCCGGUGGAGGACAACCAGGUGGUGGAGAUCAGCGCCUGGUUCCAGGAGGCCAUUGGCUUCAUCGACUCGGUGAAGAGCAGUGGAGGAAGGGUGCUGGUCCAUUGCCAGGCGGGCAUCUCUCGCUCUGCCACCAUCUGCCUGGCUUACCUGAUCCAGAGCCACCGCGUGCGGCUGGACGAGGCCUUCGACUUUGUGAAGCAGCGCCGGGGAGUCAUCUCGCCCAACUUCAGUUUCAUGGGGCAGCUGCUGCAGUUUGAGACUCAGGUGCUGUGCCACUGAGGCACGGCCCAUCUCCGCCAGCGUAUUAGGGGAGCCUCGGAGCCCCUUCACCUCAUGGACAGCUGCUAGUUCUGGGACUUGGACAGCCCCCCC